GACUAUCAUCACGCUUCCCAUGCGAAAUGACCACAUUUGCUCGCCCUCCACUGUAUAUAAUGACCCAAUAUCUUGGAUCUCGUUGAUAAAAAAAUUGAUCUCAUAAUCACAAAAAACUUCCAGAUUCAAUCAUUUCCUCAACAUUUUCUCCCAAGUUAAAGUUGGUCCAUCGUUAAAGACUCUCGAGCCAAGAUGUCUGCACUCAUCGAAAAGCUGACGACUGAAGGAGAUGGAGAGUCUGCUGGCUUCCUGAAUGAUAUCGUUGCACAGCUGUGGCCCAACAUCGAGGCUGCCGGCAGCAAAAUGGUCAAGGACAUUGUCGAACCUAUGUUCAAGACCAUGCUCCCUGGUCCCCUGGCAACUUUGCAUUUCACCAAGAUUGAGCUUGGCGCCACACCAAUCGUGCUUUCCAAUGUCAAGGUCACAAAGACUGCUCACGAUGGUAUCAAGCUCGACUUGAAUGUGGAUUGGGACGGCCAGUGUGAUAUUGAGCUGGAUGGAAACAUGAUACCUAGAGUUGGAGUUAAAGAGGUUAUAUUAAAUGGCAGACUCUCUAUUCUGCUAUGUCCUCUCACGAAUAUUAUCCCAUUAAUCGGUGCAGCCCAAAUCUCCUUCAUAAAUCCGCCUGAGCUUAAAUUAAAUUUCACCGGUGCUGCCAACAUCGCUGAUUUGUCUGUCAUCGACGACGCUGUUCGCAAGGUACUUAUGGGCAUCAUUAACAGUGUGGUCGUCCUACCGAAUCGUAUCUUGGUAAAACUCGACGCCAAGAACGAUUAUUUCAAGACCUACCAUCAGCCACUAGGCAUCAUCCGGAUCACCGCAGAAAGGGCAUGGGGUUUUGCCGAGGAGUCACAGUCCAAGACUAAGAAGCUUUUCUCUAAGUUGACAAGGGCAAGUCCUGAUUGUUAUGCUGAGAUUGAAGUUGGCGCUGAAGCAGCAUGGAGGACAACGACUAAAAAUAAUACCACGACACCGGCGUGGGGCGAGACGCAUGAUUUCGUGGUGUCAGAUUUUGACCAACGCAUCAAAGUUGUCGUUUCAGAUCAUGACCUGAAUUCCGACGAUGAAGUGGGUGUAGCUGUCACCUCUGUCAAGGAAAUCCUUCUGGCUGGCGGUAAGCAAGAGCUAGGAAUGCUGCAUAAGGGCUCCGAGACCGAUAGCAAAAUCGCGCUAUCAUGCGAGUUCUUCCAAUUUACUACCGAGGAUAGCAACAGCUUUUCAGAGUCUAGUCAUAGUGGUGAUGGUCUCAUGUGUGGAAUCAUUAACGUACUUGUCGCGGGUGCUUUCGGCAUCAAAGGCCAGCGAGAAACUUUGAAACCGAGUGUAGUUGUGACGUGGGGAAGCAAGCACCGUUUCCAGACGGCUGUACAGGCAGAUGCUCCCGGUACAGAUAUCAACAAUCCGACCUUUGAUCAGCAGUUCCGUAUUCCAGUCACUGCCGAAGAUGUAACAGCUGGAAAUUUACGAAUGGUAUGUAUGGAUGGAGAGACGGAGAUUGGCAAUGUGGAGAUACCAUUUGAAGAUCUGCAGAAUGCGACGGAGAUGACACUACAAGACAACUUUGAUGUUGGUGAUGGAGUGAGAGUUAGAGCUAGUAUCUCGUUGAGGGGGGUGAAGCCCGCGUCUAUGUAGGGAAUUUCAUUGAUCUAGUGUGAGAAGUAGUCUGAAUUGACUGAAAUUACGAAUAGUAAUAUACCAACACUAAGACAAAAUUAUUCCAACCGAUAAGAAGACUAAAUUGUUAUAAAAUAACUUCAAUCCAAUACAUAAAUUUUUGAAGAUAUAUAAACUAAUUACUGAAGAUAUAAUCUAUUAGAGUUUAUUAUACA